GUUGCUGCUGCUACUGGAGAUCAAUGAAGCCCGCUGAAUGGGGGCUGCCUGCCUGCGCCGAUUCCUCCUAAGGCCAGCCGAGCGCCGGAGGGUGGAGGGCUGCACUUCUUGAUGAAAUCCGUGAGUUCUUCUGGAGCCUCCUCAUGCCUCCGUCUCCUUUAGACAACAGGGUAGUAGUGACACUGUCAAGGCCCGUCCGACCUCAGGAUCUCAACCUCAGUUUGGACUCCAGCUACCUGGCUUCUGCCGCCCUGGGCAGCCACAGCCACCCUCAGCUCCUUGCUGCCACCACCCUGUCCCUCAAGGCUGCCAAUCCUACGUAUAUGCCCUCAUCCAGCGGCUCUGCCCGCUCCCUGAAUUGUGGCUGCAGCAGUACAAGCUGCUGCACUGUGGCAACCUACGACAAGGAUAGUCAAGCCCCCAGCCCAGCUCUGCCCCCCGGCCCUGCCUCUGGUGCCCUCGGAGCCAUCCCACCCUGCCCUGCCAACCCAAUGGUCAACAACAAUGAGAAUGCCGGCCCGCUGAGUCCAGCAGGUGGGGUGAGUGGCAGCCCUGUGUCCGGGACCCCCAAACAGCUCACCAGCAUCAAAAUCAUCUACCCCCAUGAUCUGGCAAAGAAAAUGACCAAAGGCAGCAAGAGUCAGCUGCCAAGCCAGGGCCCUGUCAUCAUCGACUGCAGGCCCUUCCUGGAGUACAAUAAGAGCCACAUCCAAGGAGCUGUCCACAUCAACUGUGCAGACAAGAUCAGCCGCCGCAGACUGCAGCAGGGCAAGAUCACCGUCUUAGACUUGAUUUCCUGUCGGGAAGGCAAGGACUCUUUCAAACGGAUCUUUUCCAAAGAAAUUAUCGUUUAUGAUGAGAAUACCAAUGAGCCCAGCCGAGUGAUGCCAUCACAGCCCCUCCACAUUGUCCUAGAGUCCCUGAAGAGAGAAGGCAAAGAACCUCUGGUGUUGAAAGGUGGACUUAGCAGUUUUAAGCAGAACCAUGAAAACCUCUGUGACAACUCCCUCCAGCUGCAGGAGUGCAGGGAGGCGGGGGGCACAUCUGCAGCCUCCAGCUUGCUACCUCAGUCCAUCCCCACCACCCCGGACAUCGAGAACGCAGAGCUGACCCCCAUCUUGCCCUUCCUGUUUCUGGGCAACGAGCAGGAUGCUCAGGAUGUGGACACAAUGCAGCGACUGAACAUUGGCUAUGUCAUCAACGUCACCACACACCUGCCUCUGUACCACUAUGAGAGAGGCCUCUUCAACUAUAAGCGCCUGCCAGCCACUGACAGCAAUAAGCAGAAUCUGCGGCAGUACUUUGAAGAGGCCUUUGAGUUCAUCGAGGAAGCUCACCAGUGUGGAAAGGGGCUCCUCAUCCAUUGCCAGGCUGGCGUGUCCCGCUCUGCCACCAUCGUCAUUGCCUACUUGAUGAAGCACACACGGAUGACUAUGACUGAUGCUUAUAAAUUUGUCAAAGGCAAACGACCAAUUAUUUCCCCAAACCUUAACUUCAUGGGGCAGUUGCUGGAGUUUGAGGAAGACCUAAACAACGGUGUCACCCCACGGAUCCUGACCCCAAAGCUGAUGGGCGUGGAAACAGUGGUGUGACGAGUUCUAGAAGGACUUCUAGACCAAGAGGAAGGAAGAUGGUUAUUUUUUUUCAUUUCUUUUUCUUUUUUUUUUUUUAAUGGGGAUAAAGUUUGUGAAUGAAACAAACUUGUUUCAAACCAGUUUUAUUUUUAACAGGUGUGAGAAGAAGCUAACUUUUGAUGCCACUGAGACUUACCUCCCAUGGACUGAUCAAACAGGGAAGGGGCUAAAGAAGCCAUUAUUAAGCCAAUAAUAAAACCAUAGCAAAACA